AUGGCAAUGGCAGUGCAAGAACGAACGAUUCCUGCCAUGAAUACAUUGGUGAAGUACGACAACCCCGUACUCGUUUCAACUCAUCCGGAGAAAGUUGUAAAGGACACAGCCCCAGUGAAAAUUGGUGUAGCCUGCAAAGCCCAGGCUUCACCGCCAACAGUCGAGGUUCGCCGUGAGACUGUGGAAAUUCUCAAUGGAAUUUUGCCACCGAAAGAGUGGGAAGAAGAGGGACAAAUUUGGACUCAACAGGUUUCAAGUACACCCGCAACCAGAUUGGAUGUAAUUAAUCUACAAGAGCAGUUGGAUAUGAGGUUGCAGCAGAGACAAGCUCGAGAAACUGGUAUCUGCCCGGUUCGGAGGGAAUUGUAUUCACAGUGUUUUGAUGAAAUAAUACGCCAAGUGACAGUCAACUGCGCCGAACGUGGAUUGCUUCUCCUCCGAGUGAGAGACGAAAUAAAAAUGACGAUGGCUGCUUAUCAGACACUUUAUCAGAGUAGUAUCGCUUUCGGGAUGCGCAAAGCUCUCCAGACUGAACAAGGUAAGGAAGAUCUGAUAACCGCUGCGGAUGAGUUACGAGCGCAGAAGACUGAACUAGAAAAAGCUGUCACUGAAUUGAGACAAAAAUUCGAACAGUCUGAGAGACGAGCCGCCGAGCUGCGGGAAGCCGAAGAAAAAAAACAUGCGGAAGAGAUUCAAUUCCUCAAGAAAACCAAUCAACAGCUGAAAACUCAACUGGAAGGCAUCAUCGCACCAAAGAAGUAGGAGGCGUUUACUAAAAUCAACUGAAUCUGAAUAAAACACUGAGGACAAAGUAUAACAAGUAUUCAUUCGUUUUCCUUUAAUGAAUAUUCGUCUACAUGAUAUUUCCGCAUACAAAUACACGUAUAGCAUUAUAAAACGUAUAAAUAUUGCUCAUUGAAGAAUAUAGCUGACAGUAAUAAAUAUAUAUAUAUA